GCAACCCUGAGGCAAAAACCCUGCAGUUGCAUGAAGGUCUGAAUUCGUAUUUUGCAUCUUUUCUGCAAAUCAAGCCGCUGAAGCUCCAGGGAGAGUGGAUGGAGGGAGGGAGGAAGAGAGAAGGCAAAGUCUUUUGUGCUUCCCCUCCCCCCCAUCAAAGCAAAGGGGAAAUGUCUCUGCCAAAGGGAGGUAAGAAGAAGAAUCCUGGCCUCCGGCUUUCUAAGGAGGUGUUUGAACAACCCGCUCCAGCAGCAGGGGCCCCGCGGGACCUGGACUCCAAAGCCUGUGUGAAGAUUGGAGAGAAGAACUUUGUGGUGAAAGCUGAUGACCUGGAGCAGAUUGCGGAGUUGGGGCGAGGGGCAUAUGGAGUCGUGGACAAGAUGAAGCACGUGCCCAGUGGUCUUAUCAUGGCCGUGAAGCGGAUUCGUGCUACCGUGAACACACAGGAACAGAAGAGGCUGCUGAUGGACCUGGACAUUUCCAUGAGAACAGUGGACUGCUUCUUCACCGUCACCUUCUAUGGCGCACUCUUCAGAGAGGGUGACGUGUGGAUUUGCAUGGAGCUGAUGGACACAUCUCUGGACAAGUUUUACAAGAUGGUCUUAGAGAAGGGGAUGACCAUCCCUGAGGACAUCCUGGGAAAAAUCACUGUCUCUGUAGUAAAGGCUUUGGAGUACCUGCACAGUAAUUUACAGGUGAUCCACAGAGAUGUGAAGCCCUCCAAUGUGCUGAUCAACACUGAGGGCCAAGUGAAAAUAUGUGACUUUGGCAUCAGUGGCUACCUGGUGGACUCUGUGGCCAAGACCAUGGACGCAGGCUGCAAGCCAUAUAUGGCGCCUGAGAGGAUUAAUCCAGAGCUCAACCAGAAGGGCUACAACGUCAAGUCUGACAUCUGGAGUUUAGGAAUCACGAUGAUUGAGCUGGCGAUCCUGCGCUUCCCCUAUGACUCAUGGGGCACGCCCUUCCAGCAGCUGAAGCAGGUGGUGGAGGAGCCAUCCCCCCAGCUCCCGGCCGAGCGCUUCUCCCCCGAAUUUGUGGACUUCACUUCCCUGUGCCUAAAGAAGAAUUCCAAAGAGAGGCCAGCCUACACAGACCUCAUGCUGCAUCCUUUCUUCUCUCUUCACGUCGCUAGAGAGACGGACGUCGCCACCUUUGUCAAAGUUAUUCUCGGGGACUGAGGGGGGUAAGGCGAGUGGCACCUCCCAUGUGCCCCUGAGGGGGCGGAGCUGCACCAGGCCUGCACCCGCCCACCUGGAAAACCCACAGCCGAGGGGCGGGGCCUCCACAGGUCCAGAUGAUUGACACCCGCCCGUUCAGUGCUAAGGGGUUUGUAGUACGGGCGGCAGACU